CGGGGUGCUGGGGGCUGGGGAGAUGAACGCUGCGGCCAGCAGCUACCCCAUGGCCUGCCUGUACGUGGGUGACCUGCACUCGGACGUCACCGAGGCCAUGCUGUAUGAAAAGUUCAGUCCUGCGGGGCCUGUGCUGUCCAUCCGGGUCUGCCGUGACAUGAUCACCCGCCGCUCCCUGGGUUAUGCCUACGUCAACUUCCAGCAGCCGGCUGACGCUGAGCGGGCCUUGGAUACCAUGAACUUUGAUGUGAUUAAGGGAAAGCCAAUCCGUAUCAUGUGGUCUCAGAGGGAUCUCUCUUUGAGAAAUUCUGGCAUGGGAAAUGUCUUCAUCAAGAACCUGGACAAAUCUAUAGAUAACAAGGCACUUUAUGAUACUUUUUCUGCUUUUGGAAACAUUCUGUCCUGCAAGGUGGUGUGUGAUGAGAACGGUUCUAAGGGUUAUGCCUUUGUCCACUUCGAGACCCAGGAGGCUGCUGACAAGGCCAUCGAGAAGAUGAAUGGCAUGCUCCUCAAUGACCGCAAAGUGUUUGUGGGCAGAUUCAAGUCUCGAAAAGAGCGGGAAGCUGAGCUUGGAGCCAAAGCUAAGGAAUUCACCAAUGUUUAUAUCAAAAACUUUGGGGAAGAGGUGGAUGAUGAGAGCCUGAAAGAGCUAUUCAGCCAGUUUGGUAAGACUCUAAGUGUCAAGGUGAUGAGAGAUCCCAGUGGGAAAUCCAAAGGCUUUGGCUUUGUGAGUUACAAAAAACACGAGGAUGCCAAUAAGGCCGUGGAGGAGAUGAAUGGAAAAGAAAUAAGUGGGAAAGUCAUUUUCGUCGGCCGUGCACAGAAGAAAGUGGAACGGCAGGCCGAAUUAAAGUGAAAAUUUGAACAGCUGCAACAGGAGAGAAUUAGUUUGCAUCAGGGGGUGAACCUCUACAUUAAGAACUUGGAUGACACCAUUGAUGAUGAGAAGUUAAGGAAAGAGUUUUCUCCUUUUGGAUCAAUCACCAGAGCUAAGGUGAUGCUGGAGGAUGGGAGAAGCAAAGGGUUUGGCUUUGUCUGCUUCUCAUCCCCUGAAGAGGCAACCAAAGCAGUCACGGAGAUGAACGGACGCAUCAUGGGCUCCAAGCCACUGUAUGUCGCCCUGGCCCAGAGAAAGGAAGAGAGAAAGGCUCACCUGACCAACAAGUAUAUGCAGCGGGUGGCCGGGAUGAGAGUGCUCCCCGCCAAUGCCAUCUUAAAUCAGUUCCAGCCUGCAGCUGGGGGUUACUUUGUGCCAGCAGUUCCACAGGCUCAGGGAAGACCUCCAUAUUAUACACCUAACCAGUUAGCACAGAUGAGGCCUAAUCCACGCUGGCAGCAAGGUGGGAGACCUCAAGGCUUCCAAGGAAUGCCAAGUGCUAUACGCCAGUCUGGGCCUCGUCCAGCUCCUCGCCACCUGGCUCCAACUGGUAAUGCUCCGGCCUCUCGUGGCCUCCCUACUACCGCUCAGAGAGUUUGGUCUGAGUGCCCGGACUGCUUGACUAUGGACUUUGGUGGGUCUGGUGCCGCCCAGCAAGGGCUGACUGACAGCUGCCAGUCUGGAGGUGUUCCCACAGCUGUGCAGAACCUAGCGCCUUGUGCCGCUGUUGCUGCCGCUGCUCCUCGGGCUGUUGCACCUUACAAAUACGCCUCCAGUGUCCGCAGCCCUCACCCCGCUAUCCAGCCCCUGCAGGCACCCCAGCCUGCGGUCCACGUGCAGGGGCAGGAGCCGCUGACGGCCUCCAUACUGGCCACAGCACCCCCCCAGGAACAGAAACAGAUGCUGGGACGUUUGUUCCCGCUCAUCCAGACGAUGCACUCAAACCUGGCUGGGAAGAUUACGGGGAUGCUGCUGGAGAUUGACAACUCGGAGCUGCUACACAUGCUGGAGUCCCCCGAUUCUCUCCGCUCCAAGGUGGAUGAAGCUGUGGCGGUCCUACAGGCUCACCAUGCCAAGAAAGAAGCUGCCCAGAAGGUGGGCGCCGUUGCUGCUGCUACCUCUUAGACAAGGACAAACCGAUUCAAAAGCCAAAUAAACCCUCAUGGAAUCCAGCUCAAGGUUUGAAGACGUCCUAGCUUGUCCUAUGGACCUCAACACCAAGAACCACAAAUUGCAAAUUUAAUAGGUUAUUUUGUAUCAAAAGGUCAAUUAUGAAGCACCUAGAAUUUUUCAAUUAAAAGAAUAUAUUCUCUGGGUUCUGAUACGGCCCAAACAGUGUUAACUUUUGUUUUUCUAUUGUGAGUUUUGAUUUUUUCCCCCCAGAAACUGGUUUUAUUUGAUGUACCCAAGUCUUAAGUUUCUCAAUAAA